AAAACAGACCCAACUGGAUUCCCAAAAUAAUUUACUGCUCAUUUCCCUCUCACUUAUUCCCAUCUCCUCUUCCUUUCCCUAGAAUCUACCGACCGGCUACAUUAUUGUUGGCUCUUUUCUUUCAAGCAGGAGCGCUACUUUGGUGGAUGGUCAAGUCAAUUUCUACAGGGCACAGAGGACAACACAACCAUUGGAUCUGAGCAUGUGAUCCUAGGCCAGAGUAUGUACUGUCGACGAAUGUUUUCUCCCCUUUCCAUCGUACAUUAUACUGCAAUACAAUAGCGGUCGAGGGUCGUCUUUUAUCAAACACCCCUCGUAUUUUCUUACAGCUUCCUUCAGCCAGGGGAUUCAAGACAUCGUUCCUACAUUAUCACGCAGUACCUAUCUACUAUUCGUACCAUUUAUAAAUCCGCGCUGAAUCCCUAUAUUCCUUCCAUUGCAUCCAUGCAUCUAGUCUAGGCUUCACAUUCACAUUCACAUCCACAUCCACCUUACGAGUGACACGCGACAAAUCCUUCCCUCGUAUCUAAAAAGCCCCAGGCUGCAGCGGAAAACGGCACUCCCUUCCUGUUCAUAAGGUCUAGGCCAUCUCUCUGACUGGCCCACGCCCACAAAAGCAACAGCCAGCACCAACACCGCUCCGUCCCGUCUGCCUUAGCUUUAUUACUAUUUCUACACGAGGUCCCUAACUUUUGCCGGUUUCCGUUCGACUGGAAAGGUAACAGGUCGUGUGCUUUCCCUCCCAUUUUAUUAUUUACCCAUAUCACCCUCUGCCUGCAUCACCGCAGUGUCCUACUGCUUUUCCCUCCGUCAUCACCACCAUCUCAUAUUCCGUCCUCGCCGACCCCUCCGCUCCCCGGCCGUCUUGAGCCUCCGGUACCCCUUUCUCCACCGUCUUACGGUACGACCUGCCUACUACCACCGUCGCCGGCGCCGCUUUAUCCUGGACCGCCCCGGGAUUUACGCCCCUGAACCCCUAAAACAUAUCUACCUGGCUUUGGAUUUUUUUUCUUCUGCAACCCUCACUCAACCUGAUCUUUUCCACCUUGAUAUUUGGACUCGCUCGUUCGCAAACAACUCCGGCAACUCUCCCACCAACGGGCAUCUUGACAUACCUCUCCUAGUUUUUCUGGCCCGCCGAUUAUUUGGACCCCGCCAUCUCACUCUCCCCUCUCUCAACCGUCCUCCCCCUCAGCGCAUACCCUCACCUCCUUAUUUUUCACUCAUCGCUGCUCUCGCGUGACCAUGACAACAUCACCCACCAAUCUCGAUUUUGGCCAUGUGCCCUUCUUGGACUUGGCCUACGACAACAAUGAAUCACAGGACUCGGCUCGAAAACUCAUCCUGACACUCAUGCCAGACUGGGCGAGCCAAGAUUCGAAUGUUGAAUUUGUGCGUUUUACUGAUGGCAUCACCAAUACUCUGCUUAAAGCCGUCAACCACCGUCCUGGCAUGUCCAAGCUUGAUGUUGACAGGGAUGCUAUCCUACUCCGAGCCUACGGUCAUGGAACUGCCGUUCUCAUUGACCGUGAACGUGAGGCUGAGAACCAUGAGCUGCUCAUGAAAUAUGGUCUUGCUACUCAGUUGCUUGCCCGUUUCAAGAAUGGCAUGAUGUACCGUUAUCUCCUGGGUAAACCUGCACGUGCCCAGGAUCUUCGUGAACCUCUAAUACUGUCUGCCAUCGCUCGUCGUCUUGCACACUGGCACGCAACUGUGCCUUGCUUGCCGGACCCCAACCAUAGUCGGGACGACAGGCAUGUAAAUGGCGAGACCAAACUCAAUGGGCUUGCCAAUGGUAACACCAGCACCAAUGGCGAUAGCCAGACCAAGGGGAAUACCAACGGUAUUAUGAAUGAAAACAACAAGUCUCUCCAAGAACAGAUUGAUAAUGCAGCCCCUGGAAAAGCUCCGCCUAACAUGUGGACAACCAUGCAGAAAUGGAUUUUCGCCUUGCCCACUGAUACGGACGCUCAGCGACAGAGGCAAGCACUGCUGCAGGCGGAGUUGCAAGAGAUGGUCCAGAAACUGAGCCAGCGGCCUGGCUUGGGCAAGAAUGGGCUUGUAUUUGCGCAUUGCGACCUUCUGUGUGCCAACGUUAUCAUCCACGAAGACGAUGAGGCGGCUCCUACCGUCGACUUCAUCGAUUACGAGUAUGCUACACCAUCGCCUGCGGCUUUUGACGUGGCGAACCACUUUGCAGAGUGGGCAGGAUAUGACUGUGACUACUCGGCUGUACCCAGACAGGAUCAACGACUUGCAUUUGUGAGGGAGUACAUCAAAUCUUACUUUUCUUUAACCGGCGAGGAGGUCGAUGAAGAGGAAGAGGUUCGGAAACUCAUGACCGAGGUCGAUGCGUACCGAGGAGUGCCAGGGUUUUACUGGGGUAUCUGGUCCCAAAUCCAAGCUGUCAUUUCCAAGAUUGACUUUGACUAUGCUCAAUAUGCUGAACUGCGAUUGAGUGAAUACUGGGCAUACAAGGGCGAGGAGGAUGGCAGCCGAAAAGCUUCAGGCCAAGAAAUGCCAUUGAGGGAAAAGACUUGGUGGCGCGCCGAGUAGGUGAAUCCACUGACAUUCAACUGAGCAUACCCGGCAUGGCAGAGCGGCAGUCGAAGCAGGGACUGGAGCAAGUGACACUUUACUCUGUAUUAAUUGUCAAUCAGUAAGCGAGAGCGAGAUUUCCUCUGUGGCUACUGUGGGCGGGGAAACGAUCAAAACCGCGUCGGAAAUGGGAAUGGACACAACGAGCAACAGUUACAAGGAGGCCAUUCCUGCCCUUGUUACUUUUUAGAUCCAGGUCUGGCUUCUCAGAACCGACGGGCUCUGUCGUUUCCGUUCUUGGCUUUUCCCAGACCCCCUCGUCCCACGUUCCCUGGACGCUCUCUACUACUUUACGUACAUGACGAACAGCCAACCCCCCCGUCCAUUCCUAGGGCUGGGCGCGAUCCCAUUCUAUUGAUAUGAUUUUCUUUGUUUUCUUUUUCUUAUUUUAUGUCAUUGUUGCGUGUUCUUGCAAUGUUAUGACCAUGUAAAGAAAGCUCAACAGCGGAUAGGAUGGCAUCAAGGGAUAAAGCCAUUCAACAUGAGCGAUAGGUACUGCAACCAGAGGAGUAGACAGGUCAUAAAUGAGUUGUCUCUCCCGCAUGUCUAGCUAUUAUAAUUGAACCUGCAGUAGAUGGGUCCUUUUAAUAUAAAUAUGGACAUUCUCACAUACAAUACCUCAUGGAGGGCAUGACCACACAUUUACAGGAGAGAAAAACCAAGGUCCGUUAAUGUGAUGCCUUUGUUGAUACUCGGCAUCAACAU